AUUUUUUAGACUUUAUUGUUAAGCGGAGGAGAGGGCGAUGGCAGCCGCAGCGUCCAUGCAGGAUUUGCUGGAAGAAGCCACUUGCUCCAUCUGCCUGGAGUAUUUCCAGGACCCCGUGCUCAUCCCGGAGUGCGGCCACAACUUCUGCCGGGGCUGCCUGACCCGCAGUUGGGGGACGUCGGAAUCGGAGGCUUCCUGCCCCCAGUGCAGACAGACCUUCGGGCCCCGCAACGUCCUCCCCAACAGGCAGCUGGCGCGGCUGGUGGAAAUGGCCAGGCGAUGCAAAGAUCCUUGGGGCGAGGACGGAGGGAGCGUCUGCACGAAGCACCGGGAGCCCCUCAAGCUCUUUUGUAAGCACCACGAGACCCUCAUCUGCGUGGUCUGCGACCGAUCCAAAGAACACAGGGGCCACUGGGUGAUCCCAGCGGAGGAGGCUUUCGAGAAGUACCAGCUCAGGGUUGGGCAUUACCUGAAGGCUCAGAAGGAGGAGAAAGAAAAAAUAGCUACAUACAAAACGGACACAGAGCAAAGAGUGCAGGAGAUGCUUGACCUCAUCAAAAAAGAGAAAAAAAAUGUAGUGGCUGAAUUCAGAGAACUACAGCUCUGGUUAGAAGGACAGGAGGAGCUUCUGUUGGCUAGAAUGGAAGAGACGGAGAAGGAGAUUAUGGCAAUAAAGGAGAAAGGUUUGGCCAAGCACACGGAGGAUCUGUGCUCUCUUGACGAUCUCAUCCAGGAGAUAGAAGAGAAGCAUCAGCAGCCAGCCAGCAAACUCUUACAGGACAUUGGAAGCAUCUUGGAGAAGUACCAACCGAAAGAAAUAUAUGAGAAUCCUGUGGAUUUACUUGUAGACCCGAUGUGGACAAUCUGGGAUUACAGUGAUCUUGCUGUGCUUCUGAAAAGUGCCAUGGAAAAAUUUAGAGAUACUCUGGAAAGUGGACUUCAACUCCAGGAAGUGAAUGUAAUUCUGGAUCCAGAUACAGCCCAUCCUGGCCGCCUUUACAUCCCCAAAGAUGGAAAAAGCGUCAGAGGAAUUAAGCCAUGUAAACAAAUAUAUCCUUCCCCAAACAGCAUGAGAUUUGAACGUUGUCCAUAUGUCCUUGGCUGUCAGAGGUUCUCAGCAGGGAGACAUUUCUGGGAAGUUACUGUAGGAGACACAAAAGAAUGGGAUGUAGGGAUUACCAUCAUGCCAGUGAACAUAACGAAUCUUGAUGAGCAGGCCAGACACUGGCAGAUUUAUAAACGGGGAGAGAAAUACAUGGCUCGCUUUCCGUCAGUACGCUCUGAACUGGUCCUGACCAAGAAGCCCAAAAGGAUCCGCAUCUCUCUCAACUGCGAAGGAGGACAAGUCAGCUUUUUUGAUGCCAGGACCGCAGCUCUGCUCCGUACACUGUCAGAUGCUUCCUUGGUUGGAGAGACCCUUGUGCCCUCUUUCUGUUUGUACGAAGGCAGCUCCCUGUCACUCCCCUAAAAGAGGGGACCUCCAUAGGCAAACCUUUGCAAAAAUCCCUAUUUGCUAAGCUGUAGUCCCUGAAAGCCUUUAAAACAGAGGUUCCUCAGCUUCUGGCUACUACCCCUUCCUUUAGUGUUGGAUGCCACACUGAGUUGCUUGCGAUUGUGUAGCCUUGGAAAUGGAAAGAAUGGGUCAGUCAGUCAAUCUAAAAAAUGAGGUGUCCUGUGGGAGCUUUAUAGGCUUUAGUGUUAUGUUAUGUUCAAGUGUAUCAAUAUUAAGGAUACCUUAUCUUACAUGGCUAAACCCCUCAAACAUGGGUUUUAGAUGUCCGUCACAGCUCUCCUUCCCAUUUAUGUAUCCUGCUUAUUUCUUCAAUGUUUUAGUUGCAAUCAGUGUGUAGAUUCCCAUAAUUCAAUAUAUUCUGUUUUCUUUCCCUUCUUUCUUUUUAAAUAUACACAAUAAUCAUAAUCCCAACAAACUCUAGCAGGGCUUCAGCAAAUAUUAGACUCAAUGUAAGAUUCACAGCAUCCUAGGCUUUUUGUUUGUUUGUUUGUUUUGCUUUUUACAAAUCCUAGUACUGUUUCUGUAUUUUUAUAUAUCUACUUUUUAUACUUAUGUAAUGCUACUGCCAGUAGGGACAAGAAGCAUAUUUUUAAGAUAGUGAAGAAUGCCAGCAAGGAGUGUGAUGUGGAUGCUAUUGUACAUCUUGGCACUAACGAUUUGUCCCCAAAAGAUGUACUCUCUGUGC